UCUGGUGAAAUCUUCUUACAGAGCCGUCUUUCUACUACAUCGAACCAUGGAUCUCGUUGAGGCUGUGUUUCUGGUGAAAUCUUCUUACAGAGCCGUCUUUCUACCACAUCGGACCAUGGAUCUCAUUGACGCUGUGGGUCGUGGUGAUACUGACAAGGUGAAGCAACUGCUGAGUGAUGGGAGAUAUGAUGUAAACUCCCAGGAUCCUGAGUUUGGUAGGGCUCCUCUACACAUAGCAGUGCUGACAAGCAAUGCAGAUAUGGUGAAACUACUCCUGGACAGCGGGGCUAAAGUUAAUCCCGAGAACGCGUGGGGCAGCACACCUUUACAUGAGGCAGCAUUGCACGGCCAUGAAGACGUCGUGAAGCUUCUCCUGGAGCAUGGAGCUGAUCCUAAUAUCACGGAUAAGUAUGGCUGGGCUCCAUUACAUGGGGCAGCGUAUGGAGGCCAUGAAGACACCGUGAAGCUUCUCCUGGAGCAUGGAGCUGAUCCUAAUAUCACGAAUAAGGUAAGUGACAUAUUAUGUUAUAUAAACAAAGUACCCUGGAGAUAGUUGUUUGGUUUGUUACAUUUAGAGUUUGUAUACUCCGACUAUUUUAUUGCAAAGAAUUGAUACAUUUUGCUCUUAUAAUUGUUUGGUAAGAAUAAGUUUAUACAAAAUAAAUAAUGAAAACAUGAGACAGGACAUCACAUGCAAAUAUUGAAGUGCCUCUUUAUAUACGCAUUGUAUGAUUUCUCCUUCUUUAGAUUGUUUGCUCUCGUUGGCAAAGGAAGCGUUUCAGUAUUGAAUAUUAACUUGUAUUAUUUCAACUUAGGGUUACCUUUAUCAGCACACAUAAAAUAUAUGAAUGAAAUGUGAAGAAAGACAAAUUGGGAUAUUAUCAUUAUAGUAGUUAUUUAUUGUUACCAGUGUGGCAUAACUGCU